AUGCCCCCACCAGAAUAUGUUUUCUCACGGGACUAUCUUGACAACAAUGGAAUCGUUACCGAUUCAAGUCGUCGUCUAGUGUUCGUGCUAUCAGAUGAGGAGAUCGAGAUCAUUCUCAGCAAACUGUUUGAACUCGUAGAGCCUGGUGAUGACCUUCAAUGGGGAGAGGUGGAUAUCCACACCCUUCGCAUCGAUAAGAUCAACGGUGAAUGCAGCACCGCCGCUCUUGAGGGGAUAGUGCGGAUUACUUGCUCCGCAGACCCCAGGCUGGUGCCUCACUGGGUUCCUGAGCUUCCGCGGUUAUUUGAGAGUGUUUGGCUCGAGAAUGCCAAGAAAGAUACUCGUGUAGGACCCAGGCUCAUAACUUUCAUGUUUCAUGAGUGCAUGUUAAUGGUACACGAUAUGAUUGCCCGGAAGACAAGGACUGAAGCAGUAGGACGGCUUUUGAAGGAGAUUCUCCCGGAGGUUCCGAAGUAGACAUACAAUGGGGCAUCUCAUGUGUGGAUCAGGCAGACUGUUAUUGGCAGGAAGCCUGAAUAAUUGUGACAGUAAACUUGGUUUCUUUGGCGGCCAGAGUGACUAUAUAGUAGGUUAAACUAGUGGUUAGGUUAAGGAAUCAUUGGAGGACCUGGCGUAUUAC